AUGGGCAAGACCUCGGCAGACAACCGCGACAUCUUCUACCGCAAGGCCAAGGAGGUCGGCUUCCGCGCCCGCUCGGCCUUCAAGCUCAUGCAGCUCGACGACCAGUUCAACCUCUUCCAGAACGUGGAGCGCGCCGUCGACUUGUGCGCCGCACCUGGCAGCUGGAGCCAGGUGCUGAGCCGGAAGCUCUAUGAAAACCGGUCGAUCCCGAACAUCGAGACCAUCUCGCACUCGGACGCGGCCGAGCAGACGCAGAUCCGCGUCGUGUCGGUGGACUUGCAAGAGAUGGCGCCGAUUCCCGGCGUCGCCACCAUCCAGGGCGACAUCACGUCGACCAAGACCGCGGAGCAGAUCAUCGCGUACUUUCACGGGCAAAAGGCCGAGAUCGUCGUGUGCGACGGUGCGCCGGACGUCACGGGUGUCCAUGACAUUGACGAAUACGUCCAGUCGGAGCUCCUUCUCGCGGCGCUCAACAUUACGACGUUCGUGCUCGCACCGGGCGGCAGCUUCGUCGCCAAGAUCUUCCGCUGCAAGCACUACGAGUUCCUCGCGGCGCAGCUCAGCCUCUUCUUCGCCGAGGUGACGUGCGCCAAGCCGCAGUCGAGUCGCGCGUCCAGCAACGAGCACUUUGUUGUGUGCCGCGGCUUCCGGUUGCCGCCGGGCUACACGCCCGUGAUGACGUCGCCGCUUCUGCCGCAGUACGGCCAGCCGGGCGAAAUGCAGCGCGACCCCGAGCUCAUCUCGUUCUUGGCGUGCGGCGACUUGAGCAGCUACGACGAAGCGUAG